CUGCGCCAUUAGUUUGUGAUCCCACAGGCAUCCUCAUGAUGAACUCGCAAGACACGUCCCGCCGCGGCGCCGCGGCACCGGUGAAGGGCAAGAAGAAGGCUAGCACCCCCACGGGGAAGAAGGAAGCGGCGCCGUCGCUGUCCCCAGCAGGAAAAACGACACCUCCAGGUUUCGCUGGUCCUACCUCAGUGUCGCCCAAAAACAAGGCGGCCGAAAUCGACAGCGGCACUACGCGAUUGCUGCGCCAUCGUGCCCUGUACACAUUCUUGUUCUACAUGGGUCGGUCUGUGGAAGUGACGUUGAAGGACCAGAGCAAGUACACGGGGGUGUUGGACUGCAUCGAUCCAGACGACUUCACCGUCGUCUUGAAAAACACGCAGCGCCUGACCCCAGGUAACGAACCCUUCGAGACGGGAAGCACGUUUGUCAUCCAGCAGUACCUCCUCGCGCACAUUGCCACGAACGGGCAUCCCAAGGACGACAGCAGCAGCAGCGUCGAUGGAGCCCAUGGCAAGCCUCUCCAUCCGGGGCAGCAUUCGUCGUUUCAAACUGACGGCGACAUCACGAACAAUAGCCAUGCUCAUUUGUAUGGUCGGGAGCUCCAGACGGCGUCGUCGUGGCUCGACCCGUCGUUGGACAGUGGCGACCUCGACGCCAGCCGUGGCGGCAAGACAUCGUGGAACCAAUUCGAAGUCAAUUCCAAGCUGUUUGGGGUCAAGAACACGUACGACGAGAACCUGUACACGACCAAGCUGGACAAGUCCAAGAUUUCAUUCGAGCAGUCGAAGGCCGCGGAGAAACUGGCUCGGGAAAUCGAAUCCCAAACGUCCCAGAACCACCACGUGUCGGAAGAACGCGGCAAGUACACGCAAGACUCGAUCGACGAAGAGGCGCGGUACAGCUCCGUCGUCCGCCCGCCAAAGUCCAUCGAAAAACAGCGUACAUCGUUGCUUGAGAUUGGGAGCAAGUUGCUAAGCAUCUCCCACCCCGUAGAUGCGUCGAUGGCUCGAGGCGCCAACGCCUAUGUCCCCCCUGCACUGCGCAAGGCCGAAGACGCAAAGCAGCAACCACCUUCCCCCAAGUCGUCAAAGCCGGCCCCCGUCGUGUCACCUGACAACAUCAAGCCGGCUUCCCCGACGAAACCACCUCUUCUCCAAGUUCCAGCGGAGGACAAGGUAAAGGUUUCGACGCCAAAGGCUGCGUCGCCAGCCAACGCUAAGCAGACGGAAGCCCAGCCAGUUGUGAAGAAGGGGUUGAACCCCAAGGCCAAGGAGUUCAAGCUGAGUGCGUCCGCGUCGGCGUUUGUGCCGAGUUUUACUGUCCCUGUCGUGGCACCGCCGCCGCCGCAUCCCCACCACCAACACCACCAUCAGCAGCAACAGCAUCCCCAACAUCAUCUGUACGCUGCAGCCCCCCAGUACUUUGACGAAUGGGGCAACGAGAUCGUGUACGACCAAGAAGACCCGUACUUAAACCAGUACGGCGCUGUCCCCAUGAUGAUGCAAGGAGGGAUGCAUCCCCUCCAAUACCAGCCUCAAUAUGGAGGCGGGUACCCUCCAGCGGCCGCCGCGCCAUACUACCAAAUUCCCCAACAACAUCAAAUUCCAUAUGGGGGCCACCAUCACGACGGGGGGCGAAAAGAAGGCACCCCCCCUCAACAAUAUGCCCCACCCCCGCCCCUUCCCCGAUGAGUACUUAGGCAAAUAGCAUUAACCACGCGGAAGCGUUAUACAUGCCUACGAUUGUCGUGGUUUGGUCUCGUUGCACUAUCAUGGGAUCUCCAGGUCAGCAUGGGCUGUUGAAUAACUACUAGUAAC